AUGGCUUCCUCUAUCCCUUUCCUCAGCCUCUCCAUCCCUCUCCACCACCGCAACCACAGAUCCGCCGCUGUUCUCCUCCCACCUCCGCCCCUUCGCGGCUUCUCCUCCGCCAACACACCCAUCCCCGCCGCCGACCGCCUUACCUCCGCCGGGUCGAAUUUCCUCCCGCUGCUCAACGACCUCCAGUACGGGCGAUUCAGAUCUAACCUCCCACCACCGCCGCUUCGCCGCCGCUGUCUCACAAAGACUUCCGCCUCCUCCCACACACCCGUCCCAGCCGCCGAUCGCUUAAUCUCCGCCGCGUCGUAUUUCCUCCCGCUGUUCAACGGCCUCCAGUACGGGCGGUUCCUCUUUGCGACGUACCCGAUCGCCGCCGCCCCAUUCGAGCCGCUUCUCCCGCUUCUCUCUCUCUACCACUCGGCUCUUGUAUUGGAUGUGCUGCUGGUGCUGCCGGUGCUUCUGCAGAGGAUAAUUGCUCCGGGAAGGUCGGGAAUCGCCCUCAAGCUCACUGCCUGGGCUUAUUCUGGGCUCUUUGUCUUCGUGGUGGCCUGCUUCGUUUAUGGGCUUGUGUCCAGUGUUUUGGGCAAGACUCCGUAUCUGCCGCUAGUUGCUCAGGCCGCGGGCCGCCAAUUGGACUAA